AAAUGUAACUCAAAUUAAUUGUUAUUCAUCUGUAUAUAUUGAUUGUGACGGAUUUUAGUUUAGUUUCAUUUGAAUGCAAGAAAACCUCCAAGGGAACAGACUAAAGAUAGUUUCAGGAAAAAGGGCAAGUAUAUUUCUUAUUUUGCUGCUUUUCUAUCAUACAGCUUGGUGGGAUUAUGUUAAGGGAUGUAAGUUCAGCCCUGGCUUGUAUAAAGAAAUGAAACUUCUAAAGACGGGUAACUGGAAGGGGUUUGAAUAAAACUAUAAUCGGAUUCCUUAUGCUUUUCUUACUUAUGUCUGAUUUUCGUUACCUUGAAAGAAGAUUAGAUUAAUGGUUAAAAAAAAAAGUGAGAAGUGUAAAUCACAGAAAAUUAAAACAGAAAAAGAAAAAAGAAAAAAAAAGCUGGGAUUGGACAUGAAAGUCAUACAUGUCAAUGUAAGCCCCAGCUUGGAGCUUUAACUUUAAGGUAUACGAUGUAUUCAUGGUGAAGAGGGAGGUAUUUCCAAACUAGCUGAACCUGCAGAGCAAGACCCACACAAAUAUGGCAGAGUUAGAUAGGAUAUACAAAUAUUGUCUCACUCAUACUACACCUGUGCCUCACCUGUUGCAUGCAAAUGUUAUCGAACCUGCACUAAAAGUUUUAUUUGAAUCCAACUAAAUUAGGAUGCUGGUAUCAAAUGCAUCACAGAUUUUAGGAAAUCUCACAACAACUAGAAGGACAAAGCCACAGCAAAGAGAUGGAUGAGGGCAGCUACUGUCGGCCAGGAAGGCGAUGUUACAAUCUAGAGCAAGUAGGAAAACAAACUGUGGACCAGCUUUGCCAUCUCUGUCAGAAAAGAUGUAUUGUCAUUUCUGAGAUGUUAACUCUUAUCUAGAUUGUCUGUCACCCAAAAUUUUGCCUGGCAUUUGAUAAGACAUUUGAUACUUUCUACAUUUGUAAAAAGCCAACUGUACAUUUGCGUUAAAGCAUAUGUGCUUUGUGAAUACAUCAAGAGUAAGCCUUAAGAUUUACAGUCAAAUCUGUUCUUUAGGUGCAGCUUCAGAACAUCUGACUCCCCCAAGAGCCGCAGGCCGAGGCGCGCUUCAAGAUUAAUGCUGCUGGCUGUAUUAUCCAUUUAGAAGCAGAGGUAAAGUGCGGGUUAAGAACAACAACACCCUCAUUCCAGCUAGUCACUUGACUAUCUCCGUCAUCCCCUUCAGCUUCUUCUGUCCUCUUCUCCACCUUUCAGGCAGCAGUCAUGAACUGGGAUUCUCUGCAGGCCCUCCUCAGUGGAGUCAACAAUUACUCCACCGUGUUUGGUCGGGUGUGGCUCUCAAUGGUCUUCAUCUUCCGGGUGAUGGUGUUUGUGAUUGCAGCCCAGAAGGUGUGGGGUGAUGAAAGCAAAGACUUUGUCUGCAACACUGAACAGCCGGGCUGUGAAAAUGUGUGCUACGACCACAUCUUCCCCAUUUCCCACAUCCGCCUGUGGGCCCUGCAGCUCAUCUUCGUCACAUGCCCGUCGCUGAUGGUUGUUGGUCAUGUAAAGUAUAGAGAGAGGAAGGACAUGAAGUACAUCGCCUCCCACAAGGGUGACCAUCUGUAUACAAACCCUGGAAAGAGAAAAGGAGGGCUGUGGUGGACGUACCUGGUGAGUUUGAUCUUCAAAGCAGGCAUUGAUGCUGGCUUCCUCUACGUCCUGCACCACAUCUAUAACGGUUAUGACUUGCCUCGCUUGUCAAAGUGCUCCCUGGAGCCUUGCCCUAACACAGUGGACUGUUACAUAUCCCGGCCCACAGAGAAAAAGAUCUUCACCCUGUUCAUGGUGAUCUCCUCUGCUGUCUGCAUCUUCAUGUGUAUCUGUGAGAUGAUUUACCUAAUAUGUAAACGUAUCAAGAAAGGCAUUAAAAGGAAGAUUGAUGCAGACAAAAAGAUGUUUCGAGAUAGUCACGAGAUGGUGCCACUACAUAAGCAGAGGUUCGAUUCCAAGUCCAAAACCUCUGUCAGAAUUGACCCCACUGCCUCUGCCUCUACUCAGAACCUCAAUAACAACAAGGCUGAGGAGGGGCCAUCUGGGAAAAAGUAAUGAACAGUACAGAAUGGACUGUGUAGAAAAACUGAGCUAAGGUCUCUAAAUGCAAGCAUCAGACUCCAUGGAGAACAAUUGCUCAGUGCUUCAGACACCCAUCAAAUCAAGGAGUUUUGACACACGGACUUUCACAUCAUAUUAAAUCCCAGAGACAUGAGUGCACAAAUUUGGCAUUUAAUUUAUGUUACAGAGAAAGUAGGGGGCUAGAGUUGUUUUAUUUUAUUUUUUUUAUUUUAUUUUUUUGUAUGUUAUUUUUUUGUGUUAUAUAUUAUUUGUAUCUAUAUUUGAGUUUUGGGAUAUUUAUUAUUGCUAGAAAAAAGUUUAAGCUAUUACACUUAAACUAAAUGUAUGUUGUAGAAUGAUGAUGAUAAAAAAAAAAGAUGAAGAAAACACAGUGGACCCUUUUAACUAAA